AUGUCGCAAACGUAUCGAGAUCUCCGCAAGGUGAACCAGGUCUCGUUUGACUACAUCUAUGAGGAGAAUGUUUCCGUACCUUUGAAGGAUGACAAAGGCUUGGUGAGAUGCAACGUCUAUCGUCCCAAGGACGAAUCUACAAAAUAUCCUGUUUUGGUAACCUAUGGUCCGUACGGCAAAGAUGUCCAUUAUAGUGUGUUUCAUUCUGCCUCAUUCUCUGAAGUACCCGAAGAACAUCACUCGGCGCACUCUUCAUGGGAAACUCCGGACCCGGGGUUCUGGACUAGGAACGGCUAUGCUGUAGUUAGGGCAGAUGAGCGUGGUACUGGUCAAUCCCCUGGUGUGCUCGAUACCAUGUCUCGCGGUACAAGCGAGGCAUUCUUUGACGUUGUCGAGUGGGCAGCAUCCCAGCCGUGGUCAUCCGGCAAGGUCGGUUUGCUCGGCGUGAGUUAUUAUGCGGGGAGUCAGUGGAGAGUGGCAGCCCGCCAACCUAAAGGACUUGCCUGCAUCAUUCCCUGGGAGGGCAUGUCGGACUAUUAUCGCGACCGCUGUAGGCAUGGGGGUAUUCUCUCCAAUACCUUCAUUAGCUUUUGGUGGAAUAGACAGGUUGUCACAAAUCAGUAUGGACGCCCUGGAAGGGCCGCUCGAAAUUGGGGUUAUGAUACGAUUGAAGGAGAUUUGUCUGAAGAGGAGCUACGUGCCAAUCGUCGCGAUCAAAAUGAAGAUAACGCAAGGCACCACUUUCUAGAUGAAGAAUAUUACGCCUCGAAAGACUACGACAUGAAUGACAUUAAAGUGCCGGUCCUUUCGGUCGGGAACUGGGGUGGCAUCUUGCUACAUCUGCGCGGAAAUGUAGAAGGGUAUCUAAACGCUGGUUCUCAGCACAAGUAUCUAAGACUUAUCACCGGGCGCCACGAUCUACCAUUCUACUCAAAAGAAAACGUCGAGAUACAAAAAAGCUUUCUAGAUGCAUUCCUCAAGGGACACGACACGGAAGGAUGGUCAACAGGUGCCGCUCCUAAGGUUGGCCUAGUCUUACGGAAAGGAAACGUCGGGUAUAAUAACGCGGAAGCUGAGAAACAGUAUCCCCAUCGCUACGAAGAAGAAUGGCCUAUCCCGAGGACGAAGUACACCAAGUAUUUCCUCACCGCGGAUAAGCAACUGAGCGAAACCACAGCUCUUUCAUCUACGUCGAGUGCUGAGAGCUCCAUCUCUUACCGAGCGCCGGGGACCCUAAAAACCCCGCAGGCUGUCCAAUUCACAACAGCACCUUUUGCCGAAGAGACCGAGUUUACAGGCCAUGUCGUAGUCCACUUGAACGUGUCGGCAUCAAGUCUACCAGAGAAAAACACGAAUCCCUCGGAGAUCGACCUCUUCGUCACCUUGAGACACCUGGACGCACAGGGCAACGAAAUCUUCUACACAGGCACAGUAGGCGACCCAGUGCCCGUGACCAAGGGCUGGCUGCGGGUAAGUCUCAGAAAAGUAGCCGACAGUCACCCUCGGCAUCGGCCUUGGCACCCCCAUCGGGAAUAUCGCUCGACGGACGUGCUUCCCGUGGAGAGCGGAGUAGUAUAUGCGGUGGACGUGGAGGUAUGGCCGACCAACGUGGUCGUUAGUAAGGGCCAUCGGCUGGUGCUGGAAGUCUCGUCGGGAGAUACGCAGGGGGCGGGGUUGUUCGAGCAUAAUUCCGAGGAGGAUCGGCCGCGGGAUCGAUUGGAGGGGCUCAACACUAUCCAUUUUGGUCCGGAGCAGGACAAUUGGGUCUUGCUGCCCCUCAUCCCCGCAUUGUCCUUCAUCAUGCCAUCAACAUACCCUCCUAACCAUCUUCGCGCGCACUCGCGCUUCAUCACCACACAUGACGCCUCCGGGAAAGCCGUGUUCAGCGACGCCGUACCGGAAAAGGCGCCCGUUCGCCAGGUCCUAGGCGGGGACAUGUUAUUCAGCCUCAUGUACACGACAGAAGGCUUCCCGGUAUCAAUGGCCGACAGCAAAGACAUAAAGACAUACCAAAACUACCUGACCAACACGCCAGCCAUCAGCAUCUCAGGCGGAACCGCGUGUCGGACGGUAGACUUUCCGCCGGACUACACGUCGCCGAUGCACCGGACGCCGUCUUGCGACUUCGGCGUCGUGUUAGAGGGCGAGGUCGAGCUGGUGCUGGACUCGGGUGAGACUAGGCUGUUGAAGAGAGGGGAUGUGGCCGUGCAGCGCGGGACGAAUCACGCGUGGCAUAAUACUAGUAAGGAUAGUUGGGCUAGGAUGUUAUAUGUGCUGCAGUCGGCGGAGAAGGUGGUUGUGGGAGGGAAGACGUUGGAGGAGGAUGAGGGAGGUAUUGACUAA